AUGGACCGACUGAAGAGCGGGGAAGUCAACCUUGGAACUUCGAUCAUGGCCGUACAGUUCGACCACGGCGUCGUCAUCGGUGCCGACAGUCGAACAACUACUGGAAGCUACAUCGCUAACCGUGUGACGGAUAAGCUUACCCAUGUCCACGACCGUAUAUACUGCUGUCGCUCAGGAUCAGCCGCAGAUACUCAGGCAAUUGCUGACAUCGUCCACUACUCUCUCCAGUUAUACACACAGGAGUUUGGUGCUGCACCACCAGUGUCAAGCGCAGCUGCUAUCUUCCAGAAACUUUGCUAUGAAAACAAGGACGCGUUGUCCGCAGGUAUCAUUGUUGCUGGUUGGGACAAAGAAGUAGGCCCAAGCGUCUACAAUAUUCCCGUUGGCGGUGGAUCGUUCCGCCAGCCAUGGGCAAUCGGAGGUUCCGGCUCUACCUAUGUCUAUGGUUACUGCGAUGCUACCUAUCAAGAAGGUUGGGGUAGAGGCGAGGCCGUCCAAUUCGUUAAGAACACACUCGCCCUUGCCAUGGGGCGAGACGGUUCGUCCGGAGGCGUUAUACGUAUGUGUGUCAUCACUGAAGAUGGGGUAGAAAGAUUGUUCGUGCCAGGUGAUCAACUUCCCAAGUUCUGGGAAGGGCACGAAGUGCUGCCCGCCGCAGUGACAGGAGCGAAUGUCAUAGACCCUGUACCCAUGGCCGUCGAGUAA